AUGCCACCGCCGCCUGGCUUACCUGACAGCAUCAGGAGACCAGGGGUAUUGUAUACUUCGCCAUACAAACCUCCUCUACCGACUCUCCCAUCGCGAGUAUCGCAACAAGCCAAGCCGACAGAAGUUCAGCUACCACCACUCAUUGCGGGAUCGUUAAAUGCCGCCUUUGCAAAGGCUUUGGCCGACGGUCUCGACAAUGAGCUUCUGACGCAUUACUACAUCAGCGAACAGAAAUUCCCCGUGAACCUCGACCGCGUAAUCGAUCGCCUCUUGUCUAAAUUCACCUUGGAACUCUGGGACGAGCUGUAUCAAUUUUACCAAGGCACUGGCUCCGAGCCUUCGCGACAAGUCACCUUGCUCUUUGAGGGCCCAAUUCGCCAGAUAAUCCUGAUUCUCAAUGGCCCUGAGGCGGCCCAGUGUAUUCUCGACAAGCUUGCGCCCGGCUUGUCGCAAAGGAAGGAGUCAUGGUCGACCAGCGCUGGUGGCAUAGAUCUGGCGCUGUCGUUGCAACUCCUUUGUAGUUAUUGGCACCGAGAGAUGCCUUCACAGUCGCCAGGAGGCUCCCCCGACGAGAUUGCCCGCAAUCUCUAUACUCAGAUUAUCACUGGAAAUUCUGCGCAAAACCUCAUUGCCGCUAUUCGCAAUGUCCUAAUGACCCCUCACUAUGUCCAGGUUCACAUCACCGAAUCCGCCAUUUGGAACCUCCUUUUAAAACGACCUUACCCUCCCCCGGCAGACGGAUUUCACGUUGUUCAAUUCAAAUUUGAUUGUCAACUGUUUGGGCCACUGGACGGAAUAGCCGACCCUCAGUUGGUCAACAUUGGCUCAUUGCCGGCCAUCACCGGCACCGCCGAAGAGUGCGUUUACACUACCGUCGAAGAGUACAUCGACAAGGCAUGGCCGAAGUGCGGGUCAAUAGUAUUAAAAUGCCUUGAGGAAGCCGUCGGUAGUGCUUCACUCUCUCUCCAGCAAGGCGAGCCUAUGUCAGGAUUGUCCAUAUGGGACGGGAGCGACGAACUCGGACCGUUUUGCCCGGGCCUGCGACUUCUCCACGUCGAAUUGGAGGAUUCUGCUGUCCGCUUGACGGUUUCUGGUUGGUCUCAUAACAUGAUUGAAAUAUUUCAACAAAUGUGCUGGCUCUGCGCCGUCCUCAGUGCCUCACCCUUUCCCGGCGCACUAUCCGAGUGCGUCACCUCAAUAUCGGACUGGACAUAUAUGAAUGAUUCGAUAUACGUCAACUGCAGUUUAGAACACCGGCCCGUCCCAGAUGGCGACGGCUUACCUUGGUUGCAGCAGAUGCAUGGCGCCGCGAUUGCCAGCGGGUUCCCCGUGCGCGGACUCGCCUCUACACAACUGGUGACGUGA